AUGCCACGUUCAUCGGCCACGGCUAGGAAGAGUCAUAGCAAUCGGCAUGAGAAUGGUCUCGUCGGUCCCGGAAAGAAAGUGAACAAGCAAAAGUCCAAUGGAAAUCUGAAUGGGAACACCAACGGCGCCUCUGCCCCGAACUCUGGUCCCUCCACACAAGUCGACUGGCCCGCAUCUCGCUCGUCCAGCGAUUCGGCUCUAACCUCAUCGGCAACCACGGCAAGCAAGGUCAACGGCUCGGCGGACACCUCGAAGGCGGAUGGCAACGGGCGCGGCUUGCUGAACGGGUAUGCUAAGGGUAACGCGGACAUGUCUUAUGGCCAGACGAAUGGCGCCGUGCCCCAGAAUGGCGGACUUGCCGGACAGGCGUCGCGGCGAACGGAGAAGCCGGCGACCGGUUCCAAGAAGUCGGGCUCUAUCAAUCCACUCCAGCUCGCGUCGACGAUCCUCAAGUCCUGCCCGAUGUACGACACGAUCGCCAUUCUGAUCUUCCUUUUGCAGCUGCCGCCUAUGGUUCUCACUCUGGUUCAGUUCCUCUUUGCUUCCCUGACCUUCAUGCCUCCUAGCGGUGCAGCGUCUGGCUCCUUGACCUCCAACUUCGACAUCUUUCAAGGCCCCGCCGGAACGCCUUCUCUUGGCACAAUGAUCGCCAUGGAUGGAUUCUGCUUACUCUUCUGGGGCCUUUUCAUGUGGACAUGGGCGCAGAACUUUGCGCUCGAUUUAGCUCACGUUCAAGUUGCCAUUACGCUAGGUGGAGGAGGUUCGGGGAAGAAUGGAGGGGUCAAUGCUCUCUGCGUUGGCAUUGUUCUCGUAUUACAUCUUAUCCGCAGUAAAGGUAUACAGGAUUUUGUUAUAGGUCAUCUGCUCUCCGCCAAAAUCGUCUCGCCUGAUUUCUUAUCGCAAUAUUCACAUCUCAUGCCCCCCGAGUUUCGUCGCACGGAACCACAAAGCUCCCCAAGUUGGAUGCGCAGUCUCCUCGCCGUUCACAUCUUGGCUCAAGCAGGCACCGCCAUGGCAAGAAGAUCGAUGGCGAAAAACCGGUCACCGGCUCCCCCUCGCAACGGCAAGCGCGUUGAUACCGAAGCCUCUGCCGGGUCGCAGACACAAAUCGAUUCUGCGUUCGAGUCCGGGGCUAGCGUAUCUUCCUACAUCGGUGCCGAUGGUCAACUCGUUACGCCGGCAACUCAUAAGGAUGGCAGAGAUAGACUCAUGUCGGCAAAGAAACGCAGAAGGCAAGCCAAUCAGGUCCGGAGCCGUCAACCGUUCUGGGCUGCACUCGCAAGCACGAAGGUGACGGUGAUGAGGGAAUAUGAGCAUUCUAGGGCCCUCAACAAAACCGGCAGGGGCCUUAUGAUGACAGAAGAGGAUCUUCAGGGCAUUUCGUUGGAUGAUGGACUUGUUUGGAUAACCGAAGUCGAUAGCUCUACUAUCAAGUUUGCCGCGGGUGACUUCACAUCCGUGGAUGAUCCCGCGCUUUCCGGAGUCUGCGAAACUACUCGUCUGGGAAAUGAUGAAACGGAACCUUUUUACGUCUGUGUCAACGGCGCAUUGUGGGCAACGGCAACGAUCACCAAGGUGCAAGACGCUCCGAAGGGGUCAAACACGGUACACUGGCGGGGCGAAGUCUCGGGACUUGCUCCUAACUGUGCCUACACUUGCUCCUUCGUGCGGAGCGAUACUGAUGAAGAGAUCUGUGUCAUGAGCGUCAAGACACCUGCUGCAACUGACGCGGAACAAGUCUCUUCGAUCCCAACUCCUCCGCAACCUUCUUAUCGUCCGUCAUCACCGACCACUACGCUCAAGAAUUCGAUCAUCAACGCCGAGGCCAAACUGAAUGAGAAACGCGCCCGGUUAAGGAAAGCCAAAAACGACCACAAACUCGUCAUCUCCAAAAUCAGGAAGGAACUGGAUAACUACAACCAUCGUCUGCAGAGUGGUACCGAUGAGAACCGACAGAAGCAGCGCUCGUUACAGCUUGAGAGAAACAUUAAGCAAACGGAGGAAAUCACAGCCGCUCUUGAAAGCCAACUCGACAAUUUGGAGAACAUUCCCGAGGAAGAACUCGAAGAAUGGUCGGCCCAGAAGUCUAAGUACGAACGGGAGUUGGAACAACUCAACUUGGCUAAGGAGGAGCUCGUUUCUGCUCGGGCCGCUGUUGCUCGUGAAGUGUCGUCAUUGGAGUCGGAGCUGAACUCGGCUAUCCAGAGAAAGGAACGUCUUCAGGGCCGCCGUACUAGGGUCAAUGAACAAUACGAGAGGAUCGUCUCUGCCAACGCCCAAGGCUUGAAUGAGCGGGAGCGCCGUGCUGCGGAACAAUUCGCUCGGGAGCAGGACCAGGCGAAGUUAGAGGCCAAUUUCAACGAGCAGUUUGCCAGCAUCAGCCAAUCCGUGCAGGAGUACCAGAUGCGCACCAACCAAUUAUGGCAGCAAGCUGCUGCUAUUGAGCAAGCCAUCCAGCAGCAGCAACAGCAGAUGCUCUUGGAUUCUGCCCCGCUUACUCCCGAAGGGAACUUGCCUGGCACCAAUCCUCUGACUGAGGCACCUGGCAUAUCUUUGGGGGCAUUGACAACGACUGCGCCCAGCACCCGAUCUCUCCUGGGACUUAGCUUUCCCGCGCUGAAGUCUAGUCCGCUGCAGCAUGCCUCAUCCCCUGUUGGUGCCGCUUCGUCUCAUCCGACUAGCCCAACGCAGCCACCUUCCUAUUUGCAACACUUUCCGACUUCCCCGCUUGGUAACACCGGCAACUACUUCGAUACGGAUUUCAGCUACCGUGACCGGUCAUUCUCCAACCGGUCUGCGCACAGCAGUCUCUACGGUGCUGAUUUCUUGGACUCUAACCGUCGUGGUCCCUUCCAGCUUGAUCUCUCCGAUGCGGUCAUUGAGAAGCGGAUGGAUUCGGGCUCCGAGGGGGUAACUCCUAACCCGAUCAUGAGACCCAUCUCCACCCCGUUCCAGCGGGCCGAUAGUCGUGGUAGCGGAAGUGGUAGCGGAAGUAGCGGUGCAAGCGGUAGUGGAAGUGGCAGUCCCAGCUCGACGGGUGGUAAGGGCAACUAG